AUGAUGCAACAAUGGAAUGAUGGUGUCCAUCCCCAAGGGAUUCCACAAGAAGCUGCAGGUGGUAGUUUAUGGGAUUUCUUUCGCAUGAAUCCUCCUGAGUUCCAUGGUGAAUUAAAUCAUGUGAAGGCUCGUGAGUGGAUAACCAACAUGGAAAGGAUUUUUCAGAUAGUGCAUUGUAGUGAAGAGAAUAAGGUUGUGUUUGUUUCUCACAUGAUGAAGGGUCCCACUGUGAGAUGGUGGGAGAGUGCUUCGACUCUUAUGACCAAUCAAGGAGCACCUAGGGAUUGGGAGCAUUUUAAGACUAGUUUCCUGGAUAAGUAUUUUCCUAGAUCUUUGAGGACUCAGAAAGAAUUUGAGUUUCAGCAACUUAGGCGGGGUACUACGACAGUAGCUGCGUAUGCUGAGAAGUUUCAAGAUAUGGCUGCUUAUUCUAGACAAGCCGCAUACGCACCGGAUGAGAAAUGGAAGAUUGAUCAGUUCCUUUUUGGUCUAAGAGGUGAAAUUUCUCAUAAUGUUUCUCAAAGGGAAUUCACUACUUAUGCUGAAUUGCUAAGGCAAUGCUAUGUGGCUGAGAAUAGUUUGAAGAAAGUUCAAGAAGAUAGGGAUUAA